AUGAUCCUACCAUUGCACGUGGCUGCAACCAAGAAUGUGGCACUCAACAAACCAGCGGUCAGCAGUUCAUUCUUGGAUAACUACUUGCAUCCAAUCGCGGCGUUGAUGGUCGAUGGAGAUCCAAAUCCAAAUUAUAUGUUGGGGCACUGCUUCCAUUCGUCUGAUGGUCCAGGCGGGCCAAACUGGGCAGUUGUUGACCUAAUAAAUAAUUACAACGUGGAGUAUGUCAACUUGUAUUCAAGGAACAUGUUGCCCGAACGACUAGAUUAUUUCAUAGUCGGGCUGACGUCAGUGAAUUACUCUGGACCAGGAUUGGACAUCAUCAGAGGGACCUACCCUCUGUGUGGUCAGUAUGGGUACAAGGCGGUCAUCAGUAGCAAGCACACCUUGAAAUGUUACGCCAAUCUCGUUUCGUAUCGUUACGUCAUCGUACAACAACCCGCUAAUGGAGCUGGAUCGCUAACUAUUUGUGAACUGGAGGUCUACCCUCCUGCUAAUCCUUAUUCAAAGUUUUGGAAUCCAUCAUUGAACUGCCGUCUCACUGGACAUGUUUCUUGUGUGAUCGCUGCCUCGAGGUUGGAGUGUUUAAUAAAGUGCCUUCCAGGCGAAUGCGGCUCAUUCAAUUUCAAAGCAGAUGAGUCUAUCUGCGAAUUGAACCAGCACCUCCAGGGCUACAGUCAAACUGAUCUGAUUGUCAGUUCAGGGUGGAGUUUCUACCAGGCCCAGUAUGCGUGA